AUGGCGUCUAACAACAAAACUUUGUACCUGAUUGCGAGCAAACUGGGUUUGGGUGAAGAAGAUAAAGUUUUAAAGAAAGCCGCAGAGUUUGAGAGACUGCUCCAGACAAAGAACAUGGCAGGCAGCAAUAUAACUGACACCAGUAAAAUUGUCAUCUGCCUAGACUUGGCUGCUGGCGUUCUAGGAGCUGAUUUAGAUAUUAAAUCAGCAGUAAAAUACUCAGGACUGAAGACUUCAACUUACACCAACACAAAGAAAGUGGUGCAGAAUCUUCUUGAGCUGAACAGUGACAGGCUGAGCACCACCAUGCUGUGUCUCACGCUGCAGUGCACCGGAGUGCAGGAGCUAGCUGACAGGAUACUCGCAGAGUACCAGCGACUGGCUAAAGUGGAAGUGGAUCUGAAUCUUCCUCAAUAUGUCUGUAUGGCUGUUUAUCAAGCUUGCAGGCUGAGUAAAGUGAAAGUAGCAAAGAGUAAAGUAAUUGAGAAGUCAAGACUGAAGCCUGCACAGUGGACCAAGCUGGAUGCUGACUGGACAAAGUUCACUGACCUGCACUUCGAGGCAGCCAAGAAAAAGGGACGACAAACUAAGAAAUCUACAGAAACCGUUGAAAAUGAAGAAUUGAUGGAGAUUGAUAUGCCUAAGGUUGAAGAAGUGUUUGAAGAUAAAAUAGAGCCGUAUGAAGACUGGAAGAAACGUAUGUUAGAGGCUGCGUACAAAGAAUUAAAAGAAUUGGAGAAAAUUGAGAAAAAAAAUGUGACCCCCAGAAAGUCGCCUCGAAAGACCCCACAGAAGUUUGCCCCCUACAAAAGUCCUGUCAAGACAAAUGGCGUAAGAUUAUUGUUCCCUCUAGAUUUAUGA